UGCCUAAAAAGUAUUUAUUCAGCUCUCAGAUGAUGUAGUAUAAAUCUCAACAAAAAACAAAAACAGCAUUGACCGGUUUGUGGUCCUGAGUCACGUAUCACGCGGUUUUAUGUCACUUGUGUAACUCUGAAACGGAUCCAGAAGCUGUAAAACUCCUGCACGUGCAUCAGCUCCUCCUCAUCUUCAUCAUCGUCCUCCUCUUCAGCGCAUCCUCUAGCGGCUCUCCAGGAGCUCGCGGCGCGUUUUCUCUCCGGUUGCGCGGAUUAUGGCUCGGACCGGCUUCGGUGUCGUUCUGCUGUUUCUGUGUGUUUCUGCUCGCGUUCUGCCGGUGUUCUCUCAGCUUCACCCGGGAUCGAGAGCGCGGACGCGAUGGACGAAUAGGGGGCGCUUGUAUCAGCUGGUGAGCCCCGGGUCUCAGUACGAGCCACCGGGACGAAGAGCGGCGAACCGAGCAGAGCCAGCCCCGGUGACCGUGAUCACAGCCCGGCAGAACACCAGCGCGAGCUCCAGUGACGGGAUGGUGUCCGAUGACCCCUACGACCCCUACAAGUCCGUCAGGAACAGUCCCUACGACCCAUACUACAACCACUACGACUCGUACAGACCCAGACCGAGGAGCACACCUCGACACCCCGGACACGGAACCAGAUACUUCCAGAACGGUCUCCCGGAUCUGGUGGUGGACCCCUACAUGAUCCAGGUGUCCACGUAUGUCCAGAGAGUGCCCAUGUACAGCCUCCGGUGCGCGGCCGAGGAGAACUGCCUGGCCAGUUCUGCUGCAAACGCACGAGAUUACGACACCAGGGUCCUGCUGAGGUUCCCGCAGCGCGUGAAGAAUCAAGGAACCGCAGACUUUCUUCCCAGCAGACCGAGAUACGCCUGGGAAUGGCACAGCUGUCACAAUCACUAUCACAGCAUGAAUGAGUUCUGUCAUUACGACCUGCUGGACUCCAGCACACAGCAGCGCGUCGCCGAGGGUCAUAAAGCCAGCUUCUGUCUGGAGGACACGUCCUGUGACCCCGGAUACUACCGCCGAUACGCAUGCACCUCUCACACACAGGGUUUGAGUCCCGGAUGUUACGACACCUACAGCGCAGACAUCGACUGUCAGUGGAUCGAUAUCACAGACGUCCAGCCGGGACGCUACACGCUGAAGAUUACAGUGAACCCAGGCUUCCAGGUGCCAGAGUCGGACUUCAGUAAUAAUGUAGUUCGCUGUGACAUUCACUACACCGGAAAUUACGCGCACGCAUCCGGCUGCAGCAUGACGCCGUAA